AUGACCAAAUCGAGUUCUCUCACGAGCAUUGGAUCUGUCUGCAACGCUGUCAAACGUACCGGCGACAUCUUUGACUUCGACGAUGAGGGCGGAAAGAUGAAGACGAUCACCGGUGCGACAUGGAAGGCUCUUAGAGGCUUUAGCGUAACCGAGGACAUCUCCAAAGCAUCAGCUUCCGACAAGGACUUUCAAGUCAACGUCAAGGAUGAGUACAAAGGCGUCAGUGGCGGCGCCAGCGGCGAUGUCAACGUCAAGAGAAUUGCUUUGUUCAAGACGUACGAGAAGAUGCAGAACAGGAUCUGUAACUGCCGCGGUGGCGACACAAAGCUAGCCAAUAGAAUUGAGGGCAGCCCUGAGAGUGAAGUCAGCUCGUUCCAGGUUGUGCCGUUGUGGAAUGUGAUGCGCGAUUCCAACAAGAAGGAGGUCCGAGACCGUGCGGACGACAUCAUGAAAGCCUUCACCUGGAUCUUCGGUGACUUCUUCCUACUGAGCCCAGCAGCCUUCAUUAUCGCUGGUAAGGAGACUCCGGAGAACUGCACCAUUACCAGCACCAAGGUGGUCUGGGGCAAGGGCACGAGAAACAUCAGAGACGCAAUCACUGUGGAGGUCGUCAUCCAGAACGAUGGCGCCAACGUUGACAUUGAAUUGUGUCACGGCAGCGAUGGCGAAGGCAGGGGUGGAGAGAGCCAGUGUCUCGCAACAUUUACCAAUAAAGACAACGAGAACAAGGGCAUCAAAGGCAAUGUAUCCAACGCUCAGCGCUUCUACCAGUGCCCGGUCAACCCGACUGAAACUCCGGUGAGCUAUUGA